AUGGGAGUGAGCUCGAGGUUCUCGAUCACCUAUGAUGACUCCUUUGGGGCCUUCCUGCACUACCUCGUGAUUCAGGCCGCUUUGCCUUUGCCAGCGUCCACGACGACCCUCACGAGCACCACGCGGACCCGAACCCUGACCACCACCACAGUGACCUCCACCACCUACACCUCCACUUCCCGAACGGAAGUCAUCGAAACCACCACCACCAUUGUCACGACGGCGGCUGGCGAUCACUGGCCCUUCGACUGGCUCUGGCCCACUACGACCACCACCGCCGGGUGGUGGCCGUGGCUGUUGGUUGAGGACACAAAGCUGUUGAAGAACUCAACAACGACGACCACCAGCCUCGACCUCUCCACGGUCAUUUACAACCAUGGGACGAAGUCCAACGCGUCUCGGGUGCGCAAGGAUCGUCGGAAGCAGAAGAAGAAACAGAAGCAGCGAGAGCAUGCUGGCAAUGCUGACUGGGACAAAGGAUACUCCGGCGCAUCAGGAUACUCCGGCGGCUCCUGUACAUGCAGCUGCCCGGUGGACCAAGACUUCGGGCGCUGCUACCCUUUGCCGGAUGAAAUGACCUUCAAGAAGUGGCGCUAUGGACAGGAGGCCUGUGACUUCUUGGGCGCUGAGUACCUGCUCUCGGAGCGCUCUUGCCCCGACAUUGGUAUCGUUCAGCCCUGCGAGAGCAACUCAUGGGAGUUUGGCGGUGGAACGCGCAACCUGUGUGGGCGGCACUUCUGGGACGAGGACAUGGGACUGAACUGCACCCAGCUCACCUACUGCGAGCCAAGUCCCAGGCACCCCAUCUUCGUGGACACCCGUCGCCUGGCCACCUGCUCCUGCAGCGUGCUCCGCUGGACAUGCGAGUACGACAGCGAGCCCUGCGAUGCGAACGACACCUACUACCCACCUGGAUCCUCACAGGUUGCUCGAGACGUGCUGAAGCAAUGGUCUCCACCACCACCAAAACCACCUGCCACCGGAUGGGCCACCGGGUCAUGGCUCGUCCCGUUCACUGUGCUGGGAGUCCUCGGCCUUAGUGCCCUCGGAUUCCUUCGCGCCCGGAGGCGCGCAGCACAACCGGACGAGUAUCACCCGCUGACGUGA